UCUGUUGAACAUAAUGAAAUUGAAAGUCUAGAAAAUAAAGAAAAAUCCGAUAUUCAAGAUCAGGAAAGUGUAGAAAAUAAAGACGAACCCGAAACUAAUAGUGUUGGAGAAAACGAGACGCGCGCCGAUAAACCCGAAAGUAUUGGGAAAAACGAGGUGGACCCUGACGGACCAGAAAAUAAUAGUAUUGGAGAUAAUAAGGAAGAUAUGAAUGUGGAAGAAAAAAACAGUAAAGAAGAAAGUGAGGCCGAAGAGGACGAACCGGUAAACAAUAGUGUUGGAGAUGACAAGGCGGUGGCGGAUAAAACGGAAAACGACAGUAAAGUGUUGACAGAAAAUGAAGCGCAAGUGGAUGAACCGGAUAAUGCCAGUAUAGCAGAAAACAAGGCUGAAGUGGUUGAAAGUGAUCAAGAACAAGCAGAUCGGAGUACAGAAAACGUGCAACACAAGAAGAACAAUUAUGUAACACCCAAGCCGAGAAAGUCUCCCGAUUACUAUAUUGAUGAUGCGUAAUUUAUAGCACCAAUUAAAUUAAAAUUAUUUUCUAUAUUGAACCUUAAUUAAAAAGCAAAGAGCGAUUUUUACCAUAGUUAAUAUUUAUCCAAUUUUAUUAUUCAAAUUUGAUAUAUUUCCUAUCCGAAUUCGAGUCGACACAUUCGCGAAUUUCAUUCACAGGUAUAGAACAAUUUCUUUACUAGACGCUAAGACCGCAUGUCAAAGUCAAAAGGAUUUUGACGUAAGUCAAAGUCACGACGUAACGUAAGUCAAGUCUCGACGUGAAUCUUACUUAAUCUGAUUUUAAUGUAAUGACAACUCAAACGUUUUAAGUUAAAUUUAAAUCCACUCGAUGGCGUGGUUUUUUCAAAUUAAAGCUUUUAAGGGACGUAUA